AGAGGGGACAAGGGGCGAGCGGGGUGCGGAGAGCCCGACACCGAGAGCCCGCGGGGCAAACACCCGGGUUAACUGCGGGCAGGGUGGGCGCUCCGCACAGCUGUAGACUCCGCACCGCCGGCGUCCCUGCCCCGCAGCCCAAGCCCAUCACGGCGCUCUCUCUCCGCCAUUGCCCCUUUAAGACGCUGCCCUUUGGGGCGCCUGAAUGGAGUAGGCGGGGUUCUGUUCGCAUUUCCCUCACUGCCAUUGGUCGAGGAUUCCCCGCGGCCCCGCCCACUCAGCGGCGGCGCUCUAUAAGUGGCGCGGAGCGGCCCGGGCUCCUUGUCUUCCUGCCGUGUCCCUGUCCUUCCCGCCGCGCUCGCAGCUUCUCGCCAUGAAGGUCGCCGCUGUCGCUUCUUCGCCGCUGCCCGCGGGCGCCGGCGGCCCGUUGAAGGCCGUGCGGCCCGGGGAGGCCGCCCGCUGCGGACCGGGCAUGGGGGUGUCCCCGGUGGCGGCGGAGCAGGCGGCCGCCGCGCUGCUGUACGAUAUGAAGGGCUGCUACUCUCGGCUACGGGCGCUGGUGCCGACACUGCCGCGGCACCGGCGGGUCUCCAAGGUGGAGCUCCUGCAGCACGUUAUCGACUACAUCUGGGACCUGCAGCUGGAGCUGCAGUGCGGUCCCCCCCGCCCCGCCGCUGCUGGGGACUCCCCUGAGGCUCCGUGCAUUCCCGCUGCCGAUCGGAUCCUCUGCCGCUGAGACCGCUCUGGACCUUCCACGGACAUCGUCCCCGGGAUCCCGGUCCCACCACGGACAUCAUCCCCGGGAUCCCGGUCCCACCACGGACAUCAUCCCCGGGAUCCCGGACCCUCCAUAGACAUCGUCCCCGGGACCCUGUCUCCGAACACCGCGGCUCACCUGCAUCCCUGGCUCCCCGGCGGGGCUGCUCUAGGGGUCCCCCCGCAGCCUGGGCAGGGGGUGCUGUGGGCCGGAUCCUUCCUUCUCAGAUUGCUGAGAGCAUUCCCCGUAUUGUAUAUUACAAUGAUGCUGGAGAAUAUUGUUCUACAAUAGCUGGAGUUUUGUUAUUAAACAAGCCCUGAUGACCA